AUGUUUUCAAAGAAACGUCCAGCUGUGUUGUACACCAAAAACACCUUUGAUGUUGCUGCUGAAGACCAUCCCAUCGCCAAACUGUUUCCCAAAGCCACGAAAGGGGCAUCUAUGCAUCCUGGGCCCCAAGAAUUUCGAAUUUUCGCGACUCGAGACGACGCGCCGCAGACUCUGGAAGACUAUCUCUCCAAUGAUACGCCUCAGUUAUCACUUCAUAUCACGACCUUCACCAAUGCCACUAUUGUGGGGCUGUCUUUCCCUCAUACUCUCAUGGAUGUGAUGGGUCAACAAGCUUUACUCCGCAGCUGGUCACUUGUAUUGGCGGGUAAAGAGGCUGAGGUCCCACCUCUACUUGGUGCGCGAGAAGACGUCUUGAUUUCAGCUGCUAACACGUCUGAAAUCGUGGAGCAGGAGCAUACGAUGAUGUCAAAACGGCUGCAAGGAUGGUCUUUGUUAAAGUUUACGAUGCGCUUUAUUUGGGACUAUUUUUGGUACAAAACUGUUGAGACACGCACUAUCUGUCUUCCAAAGCAGACGCUCUCCGACCUGCACGUUCAAGCUCAAAACGAACUCGGAGUUUUUGGUGAAAAAGAAGAGAAGCCUUUCAUCAGUGAGGGGGACGUCCUCACGGCUUGGGGAAUCCGCGCGAUCGCAUCGUCUUUACCCCAACCAAGACCAGUGAUUCCGAUGCAAGCCAUCAAUGCACGGUUUCGACUCCCGUCACUACUUGGCCCACCCGGAGUAUUUGUGCAGAAUAUGGCGAUAAAUUCUUUCACGUUCUUGUCGCACGAGCUCGCUACUGGACCCCUCGGACCUAUCGCUUUGGAAAACCGACGACGUCUCCAGGAGCAAGCUACAGAACAGCACAUACUGGCCGUUCUUGUUGAGGUGCAACGACAAAUCAAAGGACACGCUGAUCCGUGCGAGGUGAUUUUUGGUACCUCUGACUCUCUCCUAAUGCCCUUCAGCAACUGGUCUCGCGCCAAACUCUUCGAGGCAGCUGAUUUUGGCCCUGCAGUCCUGAGCAAGGGCGAACCGGAUCUGUUGCGCAAAAAUCCACCUGGGACUAUUUUGUUUCAGCAUGGAUCAUCUAUUAAGCAGACUCCUACAGCAAGAAACUUCUUCAUGGUCGUGGGGAAGGAUCAUGGUGGCAACUGUUGGCUCACUGGGACUUUGCUGCCCGCGACUUGGGCAGUGAUCGAAGAGGAGUUGAAGCGGCUUCAGAGUGAUUGA